AUGGGUGUGUUUCUGUCUGUGGACUGGGUUAUGGUGUCAUAUGCCAGAGUUGUUAUGGUGGGAGUAAUGGAUGUGUUGCUGGUUGUGGCCUCGGUUAUGAUGUCAGAUGCCAGUGUUGUUGUGCUAGAAGGAAUGGGUAUUUUGCUGGUUGUGUUCUCGGUUGUGGUUUCGGGUGUUGGCGGUGACGAUGUUGUUGGGAAUGAU